AUGGCUACGACGAAUUCAGAGUACAACGAAAAGACCACCGCAACAGAAGUUGCGAGUGCAUUUGCGAACCAAAUCCGAGGUAAAAAUGUGGUAAUCACUGGUGUCGGCCCCAACAGUCUUGGUGAAGCCCUUGCAUUGGCAAUUGGGAGCCAACAGCCUGCCAAAUUGUUUCUGGCGUCGCGCACAGAAUCCAAAGUCCAACAAGUUGCCGACAAGGUCAAAUCGCUAUCACCAGGCACUUCAAUUGAAGUAGUGGCCUUGAACCUUGCAUCUCAAAAAUCGAUCCAUGCUGCCGCAUCGAAGAUACAAAGCCAAGCCGAUCGAGUGGACAUACUGAUUAAUAACGCUGGUAUGAUGGUACUGGAAAAGGAGACCACUGAGGAGGGCAUCGAGAUUCAGUUUGGUACCAAUCAUAUCGGACAUUUCCUCUUCACGAACCUGCUCAUGGAUCAGCUGAAGCGUGCCGCUAAAUCCUCGGAGAUCGGGUCGACUCGAGUCGUUAAUGUGACCAGUGCUGGACAUCGUUUGUCACCUCUUCGCUUCCAUGAUUACAACUUCGAGGGCAAAGAAUUGCCUCAAGAUGAAAGACCCCCUGAUGGCUUGCCUCCAAUGUUUAGUCCCACUGCGGCUGGGUAUAAUGGAUGGCUGGCGUACGGACAGUCCAAGACAGCCAAUAUCCUGUUCACCGUCUACUUGACCCAGCACCUGGCAUCUGCUGGCAUUGUCUCGUAUAGUGUUCAUCCUGGGUCAAUUUGGACCGGUCUCAGUCGAGGCCUGGACGAUAGUGGAUAUGAGACCUUGUCCAAAACUAGCAACUUUUGGAAGACAGGGGAUCAAGGUGCCGCGACCAUGCUCGUUGCUGCAUUCGACCCAGCUUUAAAUGCUGUCUCUGAGCCAUCAGCUGUUUAUCUCAGCGAUUGCCAAUUCGCAGAGGCUGUGCCACAUGCUGUGAAUGUUGAAGCUGCAGAGAAGCUAUACCAUUUGAGUGAGGAGCUUGUGGGAAUGAAGUUUCCGCUGUGA